CACACCAGUUCAAGAUCUACACAGAUGGGUAACGAAGCAUCUAAACAUAAGCACAAGUCGGUGAAUAAGCUAGGGGCGGCACCUGUACCAGCUCCAGUUACUUCUGCUCUGAAGCAAGUAUCCCAGGCCACGGCAAAACCCACACCUACGCGUAGUUCAAAGAGUCAACUAGUUAGUGAAGCUCGUCCAGUAGGAACCAGCGGAUCUGGAUCAAGUGUAGCUGCAAAAGAAGCCCUGGCACGGGCUGCUGAAGAAAGAUUCAAGAAAUUGCAAGAACAAAAACAGGGACAAAAGGAAAGAAUUAGAACCAAAGCCAUGAGAGAGAAGGCUGUAUGAUGUGUAUAGUAGAGUAUAGUUAAUACAUUGUUAUUGUUAU